AUGAUUCAUAACGAGUCUACCAAUACUGUUACAAAUCAAAUAGCUAGAUUAAGCCAAAAAUAUCAGAUAACCCUUGGUCGCAUGAAAAAAAGACUUGCAGCAUCUAAAGAACUACGAAAGAAAAAAAUUAAAGAACAUUCUGACUAUGCAGCCCUUAAAUUCAAACAAUGGUCAGCGCUAGAAAGAGGGGAAGAGGUAUCUGAAUUAGGGUACAACCCAAAAACUGAAAUACGAUUGAAACAAGAAUAUGAAAAGGUAAGAAAAAGAGUAUACAGUAUCAGACGAGACUUGAAAUAUUUUAUGAUGAAACAUGGUUUAGAAUUUCAAGAACCGGAAUCAGAUUCAGAUUGA